AUGGCCCUGCUCCCGCUUCUCUUCCGGCGUUCGGGUUACGUCGAAAAGGCCGAGUCAACCGUUAGCCAAACCUCACUCCUUUCGACAAAAUCCUCGAAGGAGGGACUUGCCCGGUAUGUUCUCACUUACGAGUUAUUGGAAGUCAGAGACAGUCUAACAAUUACUCAGCCCUGCACACUCGGCGAUUUCAUGAACUACCUGCGCUACGUGGAGCGAUCUGCCGAGAAUUUGCAGUUUUUCCUUUGGCAUCGGGACUAUGAACGGCGCUUUACCACCGCCAAAACGGCUGAUGUUGCACUGGCACCCGAAUGGACUCGGGGCAUGGAAGAGGAUGCGGUCCGGCGUAUCAAAAAGGAGCACUCUGAGAGGGUCCGUCAACCACCAAAAGAAGCGGUUGAGUUAUUCAAGGGUACCGAUUUUGAGAAGGGAAGAGAGACAGUGAACCGCCCAACGUCGACUACCUUAGAGAUACCGCGGAGUCCAACCAGUCUGGCUUUCGCAUCUGCUGGAGCCAAAGAUCCUUUCACAAUACAACCCUUUCGCAGGGAGAUAGACCGUAUCAUCGCCACUUACAUCAUGGACAACGCGCCACGACAACUCAAUCUCUCCGAUCAGGAGCGCAAAUUAAUUCUCCAGGCGCUUUCCUUUACCACCCACCCCUCAGCUCUGCGGACCAUCGGCACACAAAUCGAGGCCACGCUACGCCAGGAGGCACACCCAAAUUUUAUCCGAUGGAGUAUUAGCAACGGCAGUCCAGCGCGGAUGUAUUUUGCCUUCUUAUUAGGGACGUUGACGAUCCUGGGAGGGUUUGCUGCGGCCCUGGCGCUAACACUUGGGAGUGCGGGGAGGGGAUACCGCGCGCUGGCGGGGAUUGGGUGGAUGGUGGGGUUUACGACGGUGAUAGCGGCGAGGAAAGGGAUGUGCCUGAUCCUCCACGGCCUGCACCGUCGGCAUAUUCGGCCCUGGGAACUAUUCAUGUCCGACGCCGACGACCAGGAAGCGGCCAUAUCCACAACUACUGGGAAAAACAUUACCGACACGUUUGGGAUAGACCCCAGCAUGGGGACAAAUACCGGCUUUAGAGAUAGAAAAGGGAGCAGCCACGAGGACGAGCCUUGGGUAAUACAGUACCAGCAGCGCAACGUGGUUCGCAAGAUAUUUGAUCGCGAGGUGUGGGUCGAAGAGCCUGCGUUGCGGAAGAUACAGGAUGGGAUACUGGUGCACAGUUUAAUCCUAGCGCUUUUAUGCACGCUGGUGUUGACGACGGUGUUCGUGGCGGUGCCGGCUGGGAUCAUCCUCGAUUUUUAUAAACUUUCACUUCACGCGUCUCGUGCGGACGAGGGUCGGGAGCGGGAACGGGAACGCCAGCGGCGCCCGUCCGAUGCCACUGCUUCCCGGCGUCCGGGUACUUCUGGUGCGCCGGCCGAGAUUGACGAGACACUUAGCCGACCAGGCUCCGUCCGCAUCAACGUCACGGGGGCCUUCAUUGUCGACCAGGAUACAACAACGCCGACAACCCCCGACGGGCGCAGUGGAUCCCCCGGCCGCCACGAGACCAAAGAUAUUCGCUUGCCAAACCACACUGCCGUCGUCAGUCACAUCGCAAUUGACAUUGGCGGCUCUCUUGCCAAACUUGUUUAUUUCUCGCGCGAGGCGCAUUCCACCGAACCGGGCGGCCGGCUCAACUUUGCCAGUUUUGAAACGGAUCGUAUCGACGAGUGUCUCGAGUUCGUCAGUCGCCUUAAAGACAAACACCUGGAGUUAAACGGGUCCAGCCAUGGAUCGAAGCGUUCGGCUGACGACCUAUGCGUCAUGGCAACGGGUGGGGGGGCAUACAAAUUCUACGACAAUAUCCGCGAGGUCCUUGGGGUGGACGUAUUACGAGAGGACGAGAUGGAGUGCCUGAUUAUCGGCCUCGAUUUCUUCAUCACUGAGAUUCCUCGCGAGGUCUUUACCUACUCCGAGACGGACCCAAUGCACUUCGUCGAGCCAUCAGAGAACGUCUACCCAUACCUUCUCGUUAACAUCGGUUCGGGCGUGUCCUUUUUAAAGGUAUCCGGCCCGCGCAAGUACGAGCGUGUUGGCGGCACAUCCCUGGGCGGCGGUACGCUUUGGGGCCUUCUCAGCCUACUGACUGGGGCGCGAACAUUUGACGAGAUGCUGGACCUCGCUUCGCAAGGAGACAAUUCCAAAGUGGACAUGUUGGUCGGUGACAUCUACGGAACCGACUACGGCAAGAUUGGCUUGAAGAGCACCACUAUCGCCAGCUCCUUUGGCAAGGUGUUCCGCAAGAAGCGUCAAGCUGAGCAGGAGGCAGAGGACACAGCUGACAUCUCUGUCUCCCUUCUGUACGCAAUCUCCAACAAUAUCGGCCAGAUUGCCUUCCUUCAGUCCCAGAUCCACGGCCUCUCGCACAUUUACUUUGGCGGUUCCUUCAUCCGUGGCCACCCGCAGACCAUGAACACGCUCAGCUACGCCAUCAAGUUCUGGUCGCGUGGCGCUAAGCAGGCGUAUUUCCUACGUCACGAGGGGUAUUUGGGUGCCGUGGGCGCUUUUCUGAAGAGACAGCCACGGAAUUGGGGACGGCGUGGAAGCUUUGACGAGAUACAAGGUCUUAGCGAGCAUGGCGUGUAA